AUGAAGGAGGCUCAAGAGUUAAGAAACCCUACCGAUAUGUAUUAUGCACAACCGCUCGAUGAUAAUUUGUUUGAAUGGCAUUUUACGGUUCGGGGACCAGCAGACACUGAUUUUGAUGGUGGCAUAUAUCACGGCCGGAUUUUAUUACCUGUUGAUUACCCUAUGAAACCGCCAAGUGUGAUCUUCCUCACGCCUAAUGGCCGGUUUCAACUGAAUCAAAAGAUUUGCUUGAGCAUUUCCGGUUACCACCCGGAGUCUUGGCGACCUUCCUGGUCAAUUCGGACAGCGUUAUUGGCGUUUAUUGGCUUCAUGCCUACACAGUCUGCUGGUGCUCUAGGUGCCUUAGAGUACCCUCCAGAAGAACGGCGACGAUUAGCUCUUUUAAGUCAGAAAUGGGAAUGCAAGGAAUGCGGAUUGCGUAUGUGCGACGCUCUAGCAAAGCAACCUACAAAUGGUAGUUCUAAGGACAACGAGGAGGCGCGCCAACUUGUCCAGCGAAUUGUGCUUGUUAGUUAUUGA